AUGUACGAGGUGAGAGGUGACAUCAUUACUGGCCUUGGAGCGAACAAGCGGGCUGCUGUUGACUACCAGUGCGCGCAGGAAUUGGGGGCUGAGCUGAAGGCCAAAGUUGCGCAAGCAGAGGCUGCCACCAAAGAGAAAAAGGCCGGUGGCAAGGUGCCUGUCACAGUGCUGACUGGGUUCUUGGGCAGUGGCAAGACCACGCUGCUCAAUCGAAUUCUCAAGGAGUUUCACGGAAAGCGCAUUGCUGUCAUUGAGAAUGAGUUCGGUGAGGUCGGUAUUGAUGACAGCUUGAUUGAAGCUGGACCGUUGACCACCGAGGAGAACAUCAUCGAAAUGAACAAUGGAUGCAUUUGCUGCACGGUGCGUGGAGACCUGAUAGCUGGUCUCAAGAAGAUGGUGAAGAAUUCGAUUAAGAACCAGAAGCCUCUUGAUGGGGUCAUAAUAGAGACAACUGGCUUGGCAGAUCCUGCGCCAGUGGCGCAGACCUUUUUUGCUGAUGACUAUGUGCAGCAGAAGCUGCAUCUAGAUGGCAUUGUCACUUUGGUUGAUGCCAAGCAUCUUAUUAUGCACCUGGAUGAGGAGAAGCCUGAGGGAGUUGAGAACGAAGCCGUGGAGCAGGUGGCCUUCGCAGAUCGGAUUGUUUUGAACAAGUGCGACUUAGUGGAUGAGGCCCACCUGGACGAAGUGGAGAGGCGAAUUCGCAUGAUCAAUGAGUCUGUGAAAAUUCAACGCACCACCCAGUCACAGGUUGACAUGGAUUUUAUUUUGGGCAUCCAAGCCUUCAACUUGGACAAGAUCCUGGAGAUGGAUGAUGCCUUUUUGGAGGACGAUCAAGAUCAUCAACAUGAUGACCGUGUCUCUUCUUGUGGCUUUCACGUGAAGGGUGAGGUGCACCAGCAGCGCCUGAACGAGUGGCUUGCAUGGCUUCUGAAAGAGCGAGGUGUGGACAUUUUCCGGACCAAAGGAGUUCUGGCAGUGCAAGGUAUGAAAGAGAAGUUUGUUUUCCAGGCUGUUCACAUGGCCUUCUCUGGCGCUCCACAAAAGCCGUGGGAACCUGACGAGGAGUCCGAUGCCAAGGGUUGA